AUGUGGAGUUCGUUCCAGCCCUUGUUGCUCUUCCGGUUUCCCCAUUUUCCUCUCAGCUUUGUUACGAGCUGCUGUGGGUUCAAAAUGAGCCAAUCAGAAAUUGAGGCCUGGAGCCAGGAAGAUGUUCAUCGCUGGCUUAUAAAAGAAGUCAAAGUUUCUCAGAGUUGCGCUGAUACAUUCCUUAAAGAAGAGGUUUCAGGAGAAUAUUUAGUCCACUUUGGAAAGACAGACAUUCUGGAGUUAGGGCUCAAGCAUGGUCCUGCUGUGAAGAUCUCUUGUUAUGUGGCAAGUCUGAUUGAAGGAUCAGGUCAUAAGUCAGAAUAUCCUGCAUAUGUAAGCACAUGGACCAAGGAGCAGGUGAGUCAGUGGUUCCUUCAACACGUGAAGCUUUACAGAAAAUACGUAGAACAACUUCUGGAGGAAGAUGUUUCUGGGGAUUGUCUGGUUUGUUUCAAGAAGCAGGACUUUCUGGAUCUAAACAUUAAAGCUGGUCCCGCUGUGAAGAUUCUAGCAGAACUGAAAAAGCUCAAUGACAGACCAGAACCAAGCCUUGAGCCACUAAUGGACCAUAGAGAGGGAGACGAUGUUACCCUGCCUCAAACUCGAGAAAAUACACAAUCUGACUCAAAGAAGAAAACUGAAUCAGAGCCUCAGUCUGAAAAAACUUUGACAGAAAAAGAAGUGGAGACAACAAAAUGCAACACUGUAGGAGGAACACACAAAGCUGCAGAGGUGAAACUCCAGCCAGAGUCAUCAAAGAGCACUGUGAUUAAGGACUACUUGGAUAACCUAAGGGGAGACGACUUUAAAAACUUUCAAUUCCAUUUAUUAGAAUACAAAAACGUUGAAAAUAACUCUAUUCCCCUGGGGGCUCUUGAGAACAAAGACAGAGUAGACACUGCCCAGUUAUUGACCAGCCAUUUUGGGAAUCAGGAGGCUUUACGUGUCACAAUACAGCUUCUGAAAAAGAUUGGGCAGCGUCAACUUGCUCUUCAGCUGGAAACAGACACAGGUCCACCAGAGCAGUGUCUUUCCAGAAAUUACACGAAGACAGAAGCUAACCAAGGAGAGAAACUAAAGAUGUUAUUAACUUGUGGUGGAAAUUCACUAGACAAUUAUGCCAGAUUUGUUGUUGUUGUAAACAAAAGCAGACAAGAACAAAUUCAGUACCUCAACUUUCUGAGUAAGCUGAAACUGUUUUGUGUCUUGGACUUUGACCCAAACUCGCUCUCUUCUGGUGGAUUGUGUAAUUCAUACAGAGAGUCAAGGGUGGCUAAUCUGCAUCUGCCAGUACAAUUUCAGGGACAAAUAGAGUCUGUAAAAAAAGACCUUAACCUCAACCUCCAGACCAGCUGGGUCUUCUGUAAUGGAAGAAAUGACCUCGAAGGAGACAAAGAACUAGAGUAUAGAGAGUGGUUGAGGAAAUCUUGCAAAGAUGUUGACCAUUUAGUUUCCUUUAUUUGCAACCCUGACGUUUUUCUUGAAGGCAGAUGGCUGAUCAUAUUCCUCCUCCUUUCCCCUGUGUCCACUGAGAAAGAUCCAGUAUUUGACACCUACAAAUCUUUUAUCAAACACACAGAUGAGAAAAACAUUAUCUGUAUUUGUGAAUCUCAAGAUACAUAUUGUAAAUGGAGGAAACUUAUUCAAGAAAAGUGUGACUUUGACAUUGAGCAUUUGUCCAUAAAUGAACUAACUCUGAGUGAGAUCAAUGGGACCAUAAUGGGCCUGGGACCAGUUACCCAGUCAUGUACACGUCUGCUUCCUUCUUCUGGUUCCAGUGAUGUUGUCCUAAAACAGAAAGACGAAGAUCUACUGACAGCUCUGAAAGUUCUUGCCUCAAAUGAGUGUGAAAAUGUCUUUGAUGAAAGCAGUCCAGAAUUUGAUCAAUUCAGAAUCAAGGUUGAGGAGGAGUUCUAUAGAGGAGCCAAAGUGAGUUGGUGGAACUUUUACUUCUGUGACAAAGACAAAGAGAAGCCAUUUAUAAAGAGAGAAAAGCAUGACAAUGUGAAGAAAAUGAUUAGAUCACAAAAGGCACAUUCAAGAAAGGCCUGUGUUCUGCUGAAUCUAUUUCAUGACCCAGGAUGUGGUGGUACCACCUUAGCAAUGCAUGCAAUGUGGGAGCUGCGUAAGGAGUUCAGAUGUGCAAUUCUGAAAGACAACAUGUUGCCAAAAACUGAGGUGGCCAACCAGAUCCAACAUCUGAUGAAACUGGAAAGUGAGAAACUGUCACCAGUUUUACUUCUGAUUGAUGAAUCAAAAGAAACAGAAACACCUUCUGAUCUAGUCAACUGCAUCCGUCUGGCAGUUGAAGAUUUAUUGGACUUUAAUCUGGAUGAGGGUCAACAUUGCAAAGUUGUCAUCCUCAAUUGUGUUCGUUCACAUAAUCCUAAAGAGCAAUACAGGCAGCACAAUCAAACCCAAAACCAGUACAUAACUGCAAAACUGACACCAGAAGAACAGAAGGAGUUUGAAAAGAAACUCAAAGAUCUCCAAGAAACCCAUGAGAAACCAGAAAACUUUUACAGCUUCAUGUUCAUGAAGAACAAUUUUGACAAGACAUACACAGAAAAUCUUGCUUUUAACACCCUGAAUCACUUUGACUUUAGCACCAAAGCGGCUCAGCUCUUUUCCUUUCUGGCCUUACUCAAAACAUAUGCUGAAAAAUCAGAAAUCGCUCUGUCACUCUGUGAGGAUUUCCUUCAGAUGAAGAUGAUUCGCUGGGAAGAAGACUGUGUUUUAGACAGAAUGAACCCAUAUUCCAACUUCCUCAUCGUAGACUCGAUGAAUGAUUGGGAUGAAUACAAAGGAAUUCGAAUUCUUCAUCAUGCAAUAGCUUCUGCCUGUCUGGAUGAGUUGGAGAGGAGUCAUAAUCUGAAAGUCAGUGAUAUUGUUAAGGAGAUUCUUCACUGCGAUCUGUUUUUCAGUGCUGGCGUGAAACACAAAUUCAUGCUCUUUAUUAUACAAAUGCUGAUAAAAAGACGAAAGCGAAAGAAAGAUGGAGAGGAGAGGGAACCAUUUUCUCCUCUGAUAGAAAAAAUCCACAGCCAGGAGGGGAGACAAACUGUCCAAGAGAUCUUUGAGACUGCAUCAUCCAGAUUUGAGAAGCUUUCAUCUAUUCCUCAGGCAUUGGCAAGAUAUCUGUACAUCAAUGUGCGUGACUUUCCAGAAGCCUUAAUAUGGGCAGAGAAAGCUAAGAACAUUAAAAAUAAUCCCUUCACUUUUGAUACAAUCGGACAAAUCCACAAAAGCAAUCUGAAGUCUAACAUUGAAAGAGAAAAGCAAGAGAACACACGCAACCCAGAAAAUUUGCACAAAAAUAUUGAAAUAGCCAUUAAUGGCUGGAAGGCUUUCCAAAGAGCUCAGGAACUGUCAGACUUUGAGAAUGAAAGAGAAGAAGAAACAGCUGAUGAUGAGUCAGAGGACUAUCCCAGAAAAUGGUACAAUGUUUACGGUCACAUCAGCAUGUUGGAAAUCUCUUUUCUGAUCUUUGACAUACUGAGCAGAUUACCUUUCUUUGAAAAAGAUGAUCCUCUUAAAAAACAGUACUUGCGAAGUUUUCUUAACAAAUCAAUGCCAAUCAACAGUGUUCACAGAGAAAACACUGACAUCAACAACAGAUAUGUUGAAAUCAUCAGUGAACAUGAGCCAUUUCUCACCAAACUUAAAACUGAUGUCAAAGAAAGGUUUGAUUUUCUAGAUUCCUACUUUGUCUACAUCAAACAGAACUCUGAGUAUGACAAAACCAACCACAGGACAGUAAGUGAACUUUUUAAAAAGUAUGUAGACCUUUUCUGUGCCACUCCAGAUGAAAGGAGAAAAGAACAAAAAGUCAAAACCAACCUCAACCAGAAAUUGAAUAUUGAAGAACGUAAAAGAUUUUUGGAGACGUGUCAAGCAGAUACUUUCUCUGGAGUACUUCAGUGUAUGGAUAAGCCUGCUGAAGAGACAGAGCAGAUCACAGAAUGCUAUGCAUUUUUACUACAAAACACUGUCCAUGAGAGAAAUCAUUCAAAAAUAAAAAUCAAUUACAUUAUGUCAAACAUAAAUCUUUACCACCUGAAUGCAAAAUCUAAGCAUGUAAAGAAAUACAGUGACCUCUGUACUCUUCUUCGAGAAAUUCUGCAAGACGUAGGACUUCAACAUCCUUUCCCAGAUCCAUAUUUUCUGGCUCUGUUGUUAUUCUGGCCAAGUCCUUCAGAAGAAAAUACAGAUAUAGCAAAUUAUCUAACUGCAAUUCGGCAGUCUUCUCGUAAGCACUUGUCCAAGUUACUUCAAAAGAGGAGCACCAUUGCUUACUUUUACUUGGGUAAAGGAGAAGGAUUGAAGAGGCUGGUUUCAAAACCCUCACUGGAUGAGAGUUUUCUAAGGAAGAUGACUCGAGAUGCCUUAGCACAACUUUGGAGAGAUGGAGACAUAUUUAAAGAAAAUGCAAUCAUCAACCGACUUUACAGAGUGAAUGGAACCAUUCAGCAUGGGGAGGUUUACGCUAACUAUGGCAAACAAAAAAUCCCAGUACGUCCAGCACGGAUCAGUCCUGGACUAAUAAGUGGUUUCAGUACAGAAAAGGUUUCUUUCUACAUUGGGUUUGCCAUCAACGGACCCCUUGCAUAUGACAUCAAAUAUGAAAACUAGAAACACAGAAAGACCCUGCAGACUGAACCUGGAUAAGCAGCUAAGAAUCAAGGCUAAUGCUUUAAGAAUGUUAGGAACAUAAAUUAGAAAUUAUUGCAAAUCAUUCUGGCUUUUUAGAUCUAGCUUCACGACAUUUGAUUGAGCAAAUAUUGAGUAAUUAGUGAAGGUAUUACCCAUUACUCUGAAUAUGAGGUCAGACAUUUGGUCUAAAAAAACAUGAAAUUAUGUACUUGCCCAUUCUACUGUAGAAGACCAAAUAGAAUGGUCUUGAGUUAUGUCUCAGAAUAACCUACUCUUCAUUUUAUUGUGUACAUAAUUGUUUAUCAUCAUGUUCAGUACAUGUCUCAGAACAUGUUUUUGUAAUGUUUCAUUUUAAGAUUUAAUUAUGUACUUUUAUGUUUCGAAAACAUGUUAACUCUUGUUUUGUUUUAUGAAGAUGUUCAACUUCUCAAAUGUUAUAACUCAGUUAAUGUCUACAGUUCUCUUCAGAAUCAUAUAAGAUUUAAUACCUAUUUUUCUGUUAUUUCUGAGCAUAUGUCUGAGAUGUUUAAAUAAAUUGGGUUUUUUUCUCUAAAGAACCAGUCUUACAUAGCAAUAUGUUUAUUGUACAUUUUAUCUAUACAAUUAUUGGAAAAUAUGGUUAACAUUUUAGUUAAAUGUAUUUUUAUCCUUUUUAACAAAAAUAUUUUCACAGUAUUUCUGUAACAUCUUCUGUUAAAUCUCAACUAAAAACACACUUGUUUAGAAUUGCAUUUGAAAUGUAAUAUGUAACAAUGUUGUUUAUUCUAUGUUGCAUAACUUUGUGUUUUUGUGUUUAUGAUGUAAAGCACUUUGAAAUGCCCUGCUGCUGAAAUGUGCUAUACAAAUAAAAUUUGAUUGAUUGAUAUGAAA